CUUUUGUUAGUCAAAAACUGUUGAAAUUACAAAUAAAACGUUUCAUGAAGUCGUUGCCGUGGAAUAGGGUCAUCAUUUUCACAGGGGUAAACAAUAUUGCCAACCUUAGCGUCUGAACCGAAAUUUUUAGCAAGAAGAAGCGAAGCAAAGUGUAGAAGAAAGAAGACAGGGAGAAAACGAGAACGGACCGUCCGGUUAAAGUGAAUAUUUCAUUUUAUCCGCUGUGCAGAAAGAAGCUGUGUGUUUGACCAUUGGAAAGUGAAACUAAGCCGCGGACGACGAAGUACACAACAAAAGCGUACGAAUCGCUUGCCCCCAAGCGUUUUGGACCUGCAACUCAAUAGUUUGGCGGUGAUUUUCUUCUAGGGUUAUUAACGGAAAGUGAAUUUGGUACAACGUUUUCAGUGUUUCGAUAGCUAAGUGGGGGAAAAUUUCGCGGAAUUAUAGUUUUAAAACUGUGAGUUGACCGCUAUGCUAAUAGGAGCCACGUCUCCGUGCUUUACUGAAGGUGCGUGUAUUCAUAAACCAAAUAAUAUUGAAUGAACUAGUCAUUCGAUCUACAAAAAAGUGUGUGCAGGAGUUCAACGCGGUUGAAGUAACGCAGGAAAAGUCAACGACACAUACAGUGUGGUUUUGACCGGCAAAAGCAAAUGUAAAUUGUCGGAAAACGGAACCAAACGUUGUGUGUACACAAAUACGCAGAAAAGACAACGCCGAGAAACGUGAACAUUGCGCGAUAGGAAAAGGUGUGUUUUUGUGAAAUCAUAAGACUCUCCCCAACGCUCUCAUCGCGAUAGAAUUGGUAGAGGUUUUCCAGCAGCCUGCAGAGUCUGCCAAAAACCACCGUAGCCACAAACUACGCGCGCUUGCUCGCAUGCACGUAAGCGUGUGUGCGUGUUUGUGCGUUAGUGUGUUGAAGGAGCACGAACGAUUUGUGUAGGAUUUUUCGUGCAUGGUGUUAGUGAUUGAGCUGGGUUGCACACUAUUACGAUUAAAAACCCCAUUCAGCAAGGCUUAGCUCAGGCAAAAGCGAAUUCAGGGCAAUUCCUGUAAAGUUCUCAUAACGAUAUUAAAUUUAAAGUUUGAGGAUAUCAUCAUCCUCCAAAUAGCGGAGACCUGUGAACACGGCUCUAGUAGGUUUACAGGAUAAUUUGAGUAGAAAUCUAAGUUGGCUGUGUUAACGGUGCAUAGUAACCUAGCAAAAUGACAGAAGAUUCGUAUCCGAAGACGCUUUACGUGGGCAGUCUCGACACAACGGUCACGGAGGAGCUGCUCUGCACACUUUUUAGUCAGAUGGGCACAGUAAAGAGCUGCAAAAUUAUACGCGAAGGAACCAUCGAUCCUUUCGCUUUCAUCGAGUACGAUAACCAUCAGUCAGCCCAGACAGCGCUGGCGGCAAUGAACAAGCGAAUGUUUCUGAAGAAGGAAAUAAGGGUCAACUGGGCAACGAGCGCCGGUAAUCAGCCGAAAACGGACACGAGCCAACAUCAUCACAUUUUCGUGGGCGAUCUCAGUCCGGAAAUUGACACCGAAACACUGCGGGAAGCGUUCGCGCCUUUUGGAGAAAUUUCAAAUUGCCGCAUAGUGCGAGACCCACAAACGCUCAAGUCCAGGGGGUACGCGUUCGUGUCGUUUGUGAAGAAAGCCGAGGCGGAAAACGCCAUUGCGACGAUGAACGGUCAGUGGCUGGGAUCGCGCUCCAUCAGAACGAACUGGUCGACACGGAAGCCUCCGGCACCAAGAGAAAACUCUAAAGGAAUUAAAAGUGGAAAAACGCCAGGGUUUGAGGAAAUCUACAAUAAUACCAGUCCAACCAAUACGACCGUUUACUGUGGAGGAUUUCCACCAAACGCGAUCACAGACGAGCUAAUUCAGAAGCAUUUCGCCCAAUUUGGACACAUUAACGACACUCGAGUGUUCAAAGACAAGGGUUACGCGUUUAUACGGUUUGCGAGCAAAGAGUCGGCGGCACGCGCCAUCGAAGGUACACACAACAGUGAGGUACAAGGACAUCCGGUCAAAUGUUACUGGGGUAAAGAGAAUGGAGGCGACGUAAAUAGCAACGGCAUGAAUGCAUCCGCGAUUGCGGCUGCGGCUGCCGCCUCCGGUAUGAUUGGUAUGAAUAUGAACGGCAUCGUUAGCCCGUUGCAGCCAAUGCAGCAGAAUGCGGCGGCCGCUGCUGCAGCUGCCGCCGCUGUUGCUCAGCAGCACAGUGCUAAUCCACAGCUCACUCAGGCCUCGGCAGCGGCUGCUGCAGCCGGUGCCCAGUAUCCCUACUCAGCGGCAGCUUACGGUCAAAUGGCGUAUUGGUUUCCGGGAGGAUACCCACAGAUACAGACACAAUACAUGCAACAAGGGUAUUACACUUACCCAACAGCUUACGCACCUGCAGCUCCACAGCAAUCUGGUACAGCAGGUUAUCGUAUGAUGCAACCGAACAUGGCAGCAGGCUGGGGCAUGCAAACUGUCCCAACCGUAGCAACGAACGGUGCAGCAGCGGCAGCGGCAGCAGCAGCGGCUGCAGCAUCAUCACAGCAACCCUUGAUGUAUGCGACGAUGCCACAGUUCCAAACGCAAUGAGAACUAUUGAAAAAUUACUCUACCAGCAACAACAUCAACGCCGGCAUCAAACCAAGCACCAAUAACAACAGUACCAAGAAUCACGCUAGUAUCAGUAAUAUGAAAAAUUUUAACAACAGUCUCCUGAACAUUGUAUCGCCGUCUCCUUCAGCAAUUGCAACGGGCAAUAGCAACAAAAACAAUUUUUGCUUGAUGCCAAAUCUUCCUGUUCCUACUGUUGGCACAGGAACUUUGUUACCUUCGAACUCAAUUGACAACCUGUCCGUCUCGUCUGCUGCUGCUGCUGCUUCAAACAGUAUGGGAUCUAUACUGCUUGGUAACAAUAACGCCACCAAAAGCACAUCGGCUGUUGCGGCAAUGGUUGCUGCUGCCGCGGCCGCAGCGAACUUUAACAACAACAAAGGUAUUCAACGGCAGCCUUCAGCAACAGUGGUUUCGUCGUCCCAGCUAAUGGUUGCUCAUUCGAAUGGUGCAAGCGAUGGUGGUGGCGCUAUGCUUUUAGGUGGCAGCCAUCGUCAUCAACGUCUUCCACUAAAUCCGACGACAUACCAGUCGCAACAGUCUUCUUCGACCCAUCAUAUGACAACGGCAAAUGCGAUAGCGGUGGCUAUUGCUGCAGCGGCAGCAACUGCUGCCCAACAACAGCAUCCAUAUCGUCAUCAACAUCACUACCAGACGUCGACAGCGAGCGCAGCAUCAAUGACAUCAUUCCUGCCAUUAAACGCCUUUAGGACGAAGAAGCAACUGUUAAGCAAAACGCAAACGAACAUCCGUGAAAGUGUAGUUCCAUCCGCAAUUAAGCAAUCAUCGGCAGCAGUGCGAAAUUGUACGGCGACGACCAUCGAAGCCUGUACUACUGCCACGAGCAGCAUUCCAUCAAUCUUAGUUCCUUCCAGUGAAGACGGAACAGACACGACAGUGUGCACGUUAGCCGCUACCGUUGGGGCGACAAGUGCGAUCGCAACGCUAGCCUCGCCGGUACCGUCAGUAAUGUUACUAUCGACAUCGUCCACCAGUAGUAGUAGUAAUAGUAGUAGCCAUAACGAUACCAUUAGUAUGAAUAACUUUUCCCAUCGGUCCACUGCCGAUGAUCUAUCUCCGUCCUCAUCAUCGUCGAAGGUCGGUGGUGGUUUUAACUCGUCAAUGUCAACAAUGUUGAUGCCGAUGAAUACAAAAACGCAAAGCAAUGAACCCUAUAUCAGCAACAAUGGAAGCAGCGAUGGUGAUCUUCCGCACACGAGCGAUUUUAGCAAUGCCGGAUAUGGUGCGACAGCCACAGCAGUAGACGGGAGUACGGAGAUAGCAGCCACAAUGAACGUUGAGCAUGAUUCUCGUUCCUUCAUUCCAGAAGACGCGAUCGCAGAUGUUUGUACAAAUAAUGACGAAGAGAAUUCUAGCGUUACCACCCGACUUUGUACCAGCCGAACUUUCCUAAAGCACAAGCUAAACUUUAAUGACGAUGUACACGAUCCAUCGGUGACUACGAAGCCCGCGAAAGUUCGCUUAACGGAGUAUGCAAUGAUAGCGAGCACCGAAACAAACGAACCCAUGGUAGGUGUUGCCGAGAGCGGUAUGAGUGAACAACAAAAAGACGAUGCUGUGCGUGCCAGCAGCUUAUGUACAACAAAUGGUGCAAGUGAAGGACAUAGUCCACCAACAGAAGACUCACCCAUAGAAAGGUGCAAAAAUAAUCGUUUAUAAAUGCAUGGAUAAAAACAUGAAUCAAUUUCUUGCUGAUAAGUUUCGCCCUCAGCGCAUCAUGCUUUAUUGUGCAUGCAAACAUUAUUCUUUUAUGCGUAAAAAAGUUUGUAGCGUUCAUUGACAGAAUAUACACAUUGUGUUCCGAGGUAGGAAGCGUACUUCCGUAAGAGUAAAAAACAAAUAUUGUAAAUCAAUCAAUGUAACGCAUACUAACUGUUCACCAUCUUUUUCUUCAAUUCCUCUCGCACAUGGUUUUUUUUGUACACAAACACAAAUUUUUGAUCCAUGUGGAGAUGAGGGGUUUUUUUUGGGAUUUGUUACUGGAAUCCAUUCGUCUCAUUCGUAUCAUUUGUACAUUGAAUGAUGUGUGUAUGUGUGUAUGUGUGUUGUCAUCCGCAGAAGACUGAUUGGGUAAAAUGUUAAAACUCUUAGCGAAACCAAAUGUUCCUCCAAAUCAGAUAACCAUGCGGGAAGAAAACCAGUUAUAAGACGAAAAAGAGAUGGAUUACGCACUGUUGGGUAAUGGACAUUUUACAGAGGGUUGUUUACAUCUGAAUGUGUACGAAAAACCGGCAUUUCUUUCUUUAUCUUUUGUAUUUUGGUCGUUUUUGAUUAAGGAAAAAAAAGACGCGACUGAUUUCGUUCUUUCGUUCCUUUUUUGCAUUCGAAUGGAAAUAAAGUUGAAAAUUGUGCGCUGUGGAAAAGGAUAACAACAUCAUCUCCCCCUUUUCAAAUUUUGCUAUUUGGUUGAAAUAAUUUCCAUUCAGUGAAUGUUUACGGAACAGGGCAGGAUCGCUUUAGGCGUAAGGGGAAAUAGAACGCGUUUGCACGAAAGGAUAUUUAAAUGCUCUUUACCAGGGUACCACCACCUUUAUCCUUCAAAGACAAUUUUAUCUGUACUCUUUAUUGUGUUUCCGGUGCUGGCAAUGUUUUUGGCAAAUAGAUUGAAGAAAGCGGGAAAAUUUUGAACAAAAAACAAAAUGCACUGCUAUUUGCAUCUAGAGUGGCAAAAUGAAGAAGCGAAAGGUAAAAAAGUGCAUAUUCAUGAUUACGGACGCUGUCCGGUAAUUGUACGAACAUCAACAAUGAGCAGCGUUGAGUUUGAGGAAGAAUGGCGCGCAAAUCAAGGAUGCAACUGUUCGACCAAGCGACGAUGACGAUGAGGAUAUUGUUUCGAGUUUGAGGUGCGUUGCCGCCAUAACAAUUCAUACACACACAGCUGGUAGGAGAGGAGUAGGACGAUAUAACCCCCGGGUAAUGAUGAAUGAGAAUUGGACAUGUUUCUCUUAAGCGUCGGAACGGGAACUAAAAUAUCGGAUGAGAAGAGAAUGGUGGUGAUAUAUUUAUUAUACCAAUUAACGCACAACUAUAAAGAGAUACCUCUUUCGCUUUUAGCAAAGAGUACAUGGUUAGGAAAAUUGGAAAGAUUGAGCAAAAAAUGAAAACAUCGCCAAGAUGAUGUGCGCCGCGUGGAUAAGAAAUAAGUUAUUAGAUAAAACAAAAGCAGUAAGAUUGAUGGACGAUGGUUAGAGAACGUUUGGUGAAUUGAGAAGACAUGCGAAAGUGAAAAUGAAUUCAGUGGUUGGAUAAUUUUUUUUUUAGUAACCAUAAAUGUGUGGGAUGAUGUGACCGUUCGCCGUAAUGAAGACGUAAUUAAGGGGCGGAAAAUGAAUUAACUCCAACGGUGUGUUUGUGUACAUGUAGGCAGAUAGAAGCGGUAGCGGUAGUAGUUCAAUAAGGAAUGUUCAAGGAAAGAGUAUUGAGGGUUUGUGGCUAGUUGCGAAUGGGGCGCGUAACACCACUUGUACAACACUUACAUCCCGCACAUUAGCAUCUCAGGAAAAACAGGAAUGUAUGAGGAUUUGGUUUUGUUACAUUUUCUUAUGCUAAUUUUGGUUGCAGUUUUUAGCUAUCCGUGCCACUCACAGGUGUCCUGGAAGGCUAAUAAUACGUAGAUAGCAUCGAGCAAAACCGAGAGCAAAUUUUCUGUUUUUGUCGAAACGUUCGUUUUACCUCCGAUUGUCGGUGAAAAAAAAAAGACUUGCGAAAACAUUAAACUAACAGCAAAACAUGUAUGAUAGGACGUGCUUGGACGAAUGGCGCGCAAUCGAAUGGUUGAACAAAAAAGGAAAUAAAAACAGACCAGGAAAAGAAGAUCCACAAUCUUCCACAUUGAUUAGAGCGGCACUUCAUGGGGGGGUGUAGUAGAAAUGUUACAAAUAAAAAAAAGGGAUCCUGAGUGUUUGUGUGGUUGUGCAUAAAUGCAUGUGUGUUUGUGUGUGCGUGUGUGUGUGUGUAUAAAUUAAAAAAAAAACGAUAGAAACAAACGACACAAAGAAAUAAAAAUCAGAAUGUAAGCAGCAGCAGCAGCAGUGGCCAAAUGUUCCAGUGUACAAGAAUAUAAUCGUUUCUUUCUUUUUUUUCGUCUUCAGUUCAGGGCCUGAGGAAAUGUGUUAUUAGAGAAAUAAAAUUAAAAAUGAAACAGAACGAUAAGACACUGGAGAACGAAGCAUAGCAGUUAGAUUUUUUUUGUUCUCUGAGACGUUUUUGUUUGUUUGUUUAACACAAUGUUUUCCUUUGUCCUAAGUAGACAUGAUAAUUCUCUCGACUGAAAGGCUCGUGUGCUGUAGGGCUGCAGGCUUAUUAUGAACUGCCUCUCAAUGGAUCGCUGGUGGCAGUUUGAUAAAACGGGACGAAACAGAUAUUGUGCUACGAAGGGGCGGGAGUCAGUCAACCUGCCCGACUAAAUCGAAAUCGAAACGAGGCGAGAGAAACCUGCAAAUAUAUAAUAUAAAAUCGCCGUAUGAUUUGGGUUGAUGAUGGACAGCUUUAGUUGCACGGAGUUCUUUCGGAACUAACUUUGCUGAAGGAGAGACACGGUAACGGAACAUCAUCGAAAAAAAAGCUCAUAAACACGAUCGUGUGUGCUGGAUGUGAAAUGGCAAAGAAAAGUGUAAACCUAGAUCAGCUACGUGCUAUUGCAAGGCGUAGUGUUUUGAUACGUAAGGUAUCGGGAAAAAAGAUAGUUCUUUAAGCAAAAAAAGGUAGCCACUAAGCGCUGUCCUAGUGAGUAAGUUACUAUCACACAACUAAAAAAAAGAAGAAAAACUAAGAUUAAGGUGGGGCAAAUGGGUUGAAACACUGUAAUAAUUGAGGAAAGCAGCGAUGGAAGCAGAGAGAAGCCAAUUAUUUAAGAAUUACUAUUUUCGGUAAUGAACUAGACAUAACUUAUGUAAGAAAUGGGAACUGCGCAAAACAUAAGCAAAGCAAAAAAGAAGAAAAAAAAACACAUUCGAAUGCAGCAGCAACAAACUGUGCAAAGCAAAUGCAGAACUCUCACAAUGCAACAGAAAGCAACGAGAUUGAGAAUGAGUGAAUUAAUAUUAAAGAAAAUAAAAAAAAACUAUAGUGUAACUGUACUGUAAGUGGUAAACUAUUGGAAAGUAAGAUAGCCAAGAGAGAGAGAGAGA